GCGCGGGCCCCCGGCUUCUAUUUACUCUUUCAAUCAGUGCGAGUGUUUGCCCCUGGCCGGCGUGCACGCGCGGGUGAUGCGCUAGCCAUGAUCUCGCAGAAGCUGUCGUACGGCGACGUGCCGACGUCCGCGUCGCUAUCUUCGCUAUCACCGGGCCUCGCGCCGCCUUACGUGAACGGAAUGGGCUGCAUGCCAGCUCAACCUUACCCGAAUCUCUACACCAACAACAUGGUGGCGAGCGGAUCCUGCAUGGGCUCGCCGGGCGUCGGCUACUCGCCGCCGAGCACGAUGGCAUCGUGCAUGGGCGGCGGAGGAGCCGUACCUUACGGCACGUUGCCCCGCGAGCAGGAGGCCGCUUCACCAACCUCAGCUCUGCAGCGUGCGCGCAACGACAAGACUUACCGUCGGUCCUACACUCACGCCAAGCCGCCGUACUCCUACAUAUCGUUAAUCACAAUGGCAAUUCAGAACAACCCAUCGCGAAUGCUCACUCUCUCCGAAAUAUACCAAUUCAUAAUGGACCUGUUUCCAUUCUACAGACAGAACCAGCAACGUUGGCAAAACUCGAUUCGGCAUUCACUAUCUUUCAACGAUUGCUUCGUUAAAGUUCCACGAACACCCGAUAAGCCCGGCAAAGGCUCAUUCUGGACAUUACACCCCGAUAGCGGAAAUAUGUUCGAAAAUGGUUGUUUCUUGCGACGGCAGAAGAGAUUUAAAGAUGAAAAGAAAGAAUCUCUGCGUCAGGCGCAGAAAGCUGCUCAAACGCACGGACACCACGGUGGAGGGCAUGAUAAGCGCGAUCAUGCUCACGAAAAAUCCGGCAGCGGCGGAGCAGUACCCGGAGAGGAGAAGGAGAUGCGUGACGAGUUGCUGGCUCAGCUGCAUGCCGCGCCCGAGCUAUGCCUGCCAGAACACACGCCACUGGCUCUCGAGCACUAUGCCCACCUAAAGCAAGAGCCGACAGGGUACGCACCCGCGCCGCAUCCGUUCAGCAUCACUCGGCUGCUGCCGGGCGCCGACACGAAAGCGGAUCUGAAGAUGUACGACGUGAACUAUGGAUACGGGCACGCGCCCGCUGACAACUACUACCAGUCGCCGCUGUACCAUCAUCAUGCCCAUGCACACUCGCAGCCGCCCUUGUGACAGUACCCCCUGGCGUAGGCGCCGCGCCGCGUCCCCAGCGCGCCCUGGCCGCGCCGCGGGUAAGCACCAGCGCCGACACUCAUCGCUAAUCUCACUAACUUUACCCUUUGGACUCACUGUGAGCGUGAUUUGUGUUCUUGUGAUAUCGUAUGCUCCGCCCGGGGCAUGUAUUAUAAUUGUGUACAUAUUUUUUCGAUUGUUUUAAAGUCGUUGUGCGCAUUUUUAGUAAGUAGAUGUUCGAUGCACGAGUGGCUCGCGCCCCGGGCGUCGGCGAAGUUAGGCCUAACUCGCGAAGUGUCCAUUUGAGUCUUCUGAACUGACGCCCAUUCGUAUACCAAAUCUUAUUGAAACUAUGAAAGGAAUACUCGGUUUUAAAUAAAAUAAUAAUAAUCUAUACAUAUUAUAGAUUUAUUGAAUUCGGAAGUUCAGGAAUUAUUGUUUAGAUAAAAAACUUUUUCCGCCCAAAACAAUAAGCUAUAUGACAUAAUGCUUAAAGUAAUCGCAGUGAUAAUGCGAUCAAUACGAUUCCCUUAUCGCCUUUAUCUAUCGAUAUUCCGAUAAAUUGAUUAUUAUUUGUGCGCGUUGAAAUCUUUUGUUUAAAUAUUUUAUGUUUAAAUAAUUCGACUUCGAUUUCACAAUAGAUUGCUGAAAGUUGAAAUCGAAAAUGUUAUAUAAUUAUAUUUCAUAGUUAUAUAAAAUAUUAAACGAAUUAAUAAUCGUAUAAAGCUUAUUAGUUAUAACUGAGUUUUAAAAUAAAAUAAAAUAUAUGUAAAUAAAUAUAAUAUUUAAAUUAUAGAUUUGUUUCAGAUAAAUGUUAUACCAAUUUAGUUUAUAGCUUGUUCACAUAUUUAUAACGAAUUGUAAAUAACAUAUCGAGAUUUGGUAUAAGAAUGUGCGAGAAGUAAUUUCAUAUCGGAUGAACAGUGCAAUUGUGUAAGAAAUGUGUAAAAAAUUAAAUUUAAUUCUAAUAGAUAGGAAAAAAAAAUCGGAAUUAUUGUCCUAAGACCAUCGCAUUUAGGA